CCAGCUUGCUUCAGCAAGUAAAAAACUACUGGCUGCUCUCACAACAACUCCCAGUGCUAUUACAAUUGCUCAUUUCAUGUAUACUCCAAAAAGAGAAAAACAAGUGCUAUGUAAAGUAAUUUUUUUUGUGCAAAGUGAUAGCAUAUCAUAUAAUCAAAAAGAGAGAAAUGACAUAGUGCCUCAUCGUUGA